ACCUGGCUUUGAACACUGCAGGGAUUGGAGAAUCCACAGCCUCUUUGGGCAACCUGUUCCAGCGUCUCAUCACUCUCACAGAAAAGAGCUUCUUUCUAACAGCUAAACUAAAUUUCCUCUCUUUCAGUUUGUACCCAUAAAGAAGGUGGUGUCACAACCAACGGUGCCAGAAAAUGUUUCUGGGCCAAACAUGUAGCUGGGGAAAAGGAGCACCCUAAACACUUGAAUGGCUCCUCCACGGAGCUCUGGGCAUCAGCUCUGCCUUCUCUCCACGCUAGCAGUGCCUUUCGCUCCGGCCUCUACCAAGUCCUCACCCCACCGCUCCCUGUCCCUGUCCUUGUCCCUGUUCCUGUCCCUGUUCCCUAUCCCCUAUCCCCUAUCCCCUAUCCCCUAUCCCCUAUCCCCUAUCCCCUAUCCCCUAUCCCCUAUCCCCUAUCCCCUAUCCCCUAUCCCCUAUCCCCCAUCCCAGUCCCUACCCCAGUCCCCUUCCCCGCCCGCCUUUUCCGCCGCCUUUUUCCGCCCUCACCUUCGCGUUUCCUGUCCGAGCGGAGGAGGUUUGGCCCAGCGGCGCCGCCGUCUCCCAGUGGCUGUGCUGAGCAUCAUGGCGGCGUCUCUCUCAAUGUCAGCGGCGCUGAGGGCCCUCGUCGCCAGGAGCGGUGCGGCCGCGGUCCGCCCGCCGCCGCCCAGGUCACUGAGCACUUCCACAUGGCGGCUGGCACAGGACCAAACUCGAGACACGCAACUCAUCACAGUUGAUGAAAAAUUGGAUAUCACUACUUUAACUGGUGUUCCAGAUGAGCACAUCAAAACCAGAAAAGUUCACAUUUUUGUUCCAGCACGUAAUGCAAUGCAGUCAGGAGCUAACAAUACGAAGAAAUGGAAGAUGGAAUUUGAUAACAGGGAGCGCUGGGAGAACCCUUUAAUGGGCUGGGCAUCUACAGCUGAUCCUUUAUCCAACAUGGUUCUUACUUUCUCUACUAAAGAAGAUGCCAUUGCUUUUGCUGAAAAAAAUGGCUGGAGUUAUGAUGUUGAAGAGAAGAAGAUGCCAAAACCUAAAUCCAAGUCUUAUGGUGCAAAUUUUUCUUGGAACAAAAGAACAAGAGUGUCUACAAAAUAGGUUGGCAUUGGCUGUGUGACUGUGAAUAAAGUCAGCUGUGCUGUAUUUAUAGUUCAUGUAUAAUACAUCUCUUAAUCUCCUAAUAAAUUUGACCUUUAAACUACA